UUGCCCUCGUCCUCGCGAGAGCGAAAGAGAGCGAGGGCGAUUGUCAAGGCGGCAAUGCUGCCGAUUGAGGCAGAGCGAUGACGCAUUUGCGAUCGCAUCUGGCGCCAUUGCAACAGAUUCGUGCUCAUGCCGAUCUACAGAAGUGCUCGCCGCCGAGAAUCACUUCCAACGUCAAGACGAGCUUGAAGCUUCUCACAAUGCUCAAGGAGCUUGGAAACAACGCAAACAAACAAGCCAAGCCAGCCACAAGCUACAGGAAGAAAAAGGUGGACAAGAAGAGCUUGCCUGAGGAUUUUGAGAGCUACGAGGAUCCGGCAACACAAGUGAUCGACUGCGGGAAAGAAAUCACCAUAAUUAAACCGGUGCUUCUCGUGGAUGGAUACAACAUGUGUGGCGUCUGGCCCAAGCUAAAGAAACACUUCGCAAGAGGUGAUCUUCUCAGUGCGCGAGAGAAGCUUAUUGACGAGCUCGUCACCUUCGGCGCAGCAAGAGGAAUGAAAGUGGUGGUUGUUUUCGAUGCAAAGGAAUCGGGUCUGCCAUCACACAGAGAAUCCAGAGCAAGUGUUGACAUCGUGUUUGCGGCCGACGCUUGCGCCGAUUCAUGGAUCGAGCGUGAGGUCUACUUGUUGAGAGACGACGGCUGCCCCAAGAUCAGAGUCGUAACGUCCGAUUCCCUUCAUCAGCAGGUUGCAAACGGCGCGGGUGCGUAUGUAUGGAGCUGCAAAGGUUUGAUUGGAGAGUUUGCUUGUUUAGAUCAAGGACGUGAGGAAAGAAUUGGAGCAGCUGUUACAUUCCGACAGGCCAUACUCGAUGGAAGGCAAAUUGCUAGAACACAACUUAUCCCCCGACGUUUUCACCUCGCUCCAGGCGCUCAAGCAAAGGCUCAAGAUGGAAGAAGAGCUACAAAAAACAUAACAAAAACAAAAAAGAUCCCCCCGGCUAACGGUAUAUUCCACGCCCGCUGGUUAUUGGAGCAUAUUCCGUCAGAUUCCCCCCAAAGCCCUAGAAUUUUUAGCUAAGCCGGCGCUGGCGGAUCCACACGGCAUUAUCCGCGCGCGAAUGCGCAACUUGCGACAUCCGUGGCAGUAGCACAGCAGCGAUCAUCAAUCGCGCAAUGAGGAGGUGAGGAAAGAGGGUGAAUGCUGAGUGGGCCAAGCCAAGCAAGCAACAAAUCGUCAGUGGCGGCAGCUCGAUUGGUUCCAUUCUAGUGGAGCACGGCCACAUGCUUCACUGCUGGCUACAUCGCUACAGGUCAGCUCCUCUCUGGGCCUUGAUCUUCGCAUUUCUUACCAUUGCUUUAAUCAAAUUCUUGGGUCUUUCUUGUUUGGGGCUUGAUUAUUUCUUACCUUUCGUUCUUGGUGUUCUUGCUUAUCAACUAUAGUUCUUUCUCUAACAUUCGCUGUGCUCCAGUCCAGCGAAUGAUUUUAUUUUAAUCUCCUUGCUGGUGGAUUCAGAAAGCUGUGUUCCAGUGAAUGAUUUGUUUUAAUCUCCUUGCUGAUGGAUUGGCUCGU